AUGCAGGACGUCGUAUUAGCCGAAUUAUCGAGAUGGGAAGGGUACGUCCAAUCCGAUCCAGAGCGUGUUCUAGCGGCCAUUCGCCUUCGGUAUCCUACUAGCCUUGCAGAUGGGUCUCAGGCCCCGAACGAAUGGGGGGACACCUACAAAAUUACUUUCUAUGCCAUAACUGCCAUUGAACACUGUUAUGGUGCGGGUCCCAGCUGGCAAUAUCUGGUUCGAGGUGGCCUUGUAGACCUUUUAUGCCAGAAGGUAGUGGAGUUGAACCCGGAUACUGCAGUAUUUCCACAGUUUGCAGAGAACAUGAGUGAGGAUCAAUUGAGAAAGACCCCGGCGCCGUGGUUCAGUCCACUUAUGCCCCUCUGCGCUGGCGCCGGGAACAUUCAGGAUCCCAUGACGCCAGAAGAUACUCUACUGGUAGAAACUCUGAAGCGUCAUUGGCCUACGAUGAUGAAACGAAUUUGGGAACUUCCUGGAAGCAGCCUGAGCUCUGAGAAUAUAUCUGGUCCCAGCAUACAGCGAAUGCUUGUCGCUAAUCUUCUGAAAUAUCUGACCACCCGCGACCCCUCUUUCUGGGAAGUCAUUGAUAGCUGCCCUCAUACCAUUCCCGUCAUCAUCCGGAACUUUCUCCAUCCCAUUCAGCCUGCUCCAGACCGAAAGACACCGGAGUUCAUGCUUUUUGGCCACGAAGCCUUGGCACGUCUUAUCGCACCGGUUGACGCACCAACAAUAAUAUAUCGAGCUCAGCACCCCAUUCCUCUUGCGACUCUUGAGCGCGUGCUCCGCGGCGCGAGUGGCUCUAUGGAAUCCUUGAUCUCUAAAAUCACCUGGCAUCUUGUGUGGCUCCCCUACGAGCACUCGGUUCAGUGCUUUAAUCUUUUACAGCACGUCAGGCCCUUCCUCGCUUCCAGAAACUUGCCAGCAUAUGUAGAAGAACACGAACGCUUGGUGCAAUCCAAAGUUUACUGGAAAGGCCUCUUCUCCCGUCUUCAGCGAGUUACCAACGAACCGUUGCUUGUCCGGAACGGCGCAGCUGGCGGCGUCUUUUUUUCCAUAUUCAUGGAGCUUGUAGAUGUUGGCGAUAAGAUCGUACCCGACUUAUACAAGCGUCAUGUCGAGUCGAUGGUGGAAGCCGAUUUAUUCGGCGUGUUAGAUGACGUUAUUCCCUUGCUUUCGGGUCGCUCAGAGAUUAGAAAUCAGAGUCGAUUGUACGCGUUUUUUGACGUCAUGGGUCAAAUUGCACAAUAAUCACCCUCUCUGGCCACUAUCCUGCGCCCAAAUUUGCCGCGCCCCAAAAUACUACGAUCUCUCCUAUCGUUGGCUCAUAUCAAAGACGAUCAAGGCGUAUACCGCAUCGCAGACAUAGACCCAGUGACCGUGACAGAAUGCUUUCGUUCCCUUUGUCAAGUUGGAGAAGGCAUGCAUGCUCGACACGGAGUGUGGACGGAGGGGAUGCACAAAGGAGAGCGAGUCG